AAUUUCCGGUCGUCGAGCCGCGGCGCUCUUCCGCCUGUCCGCUGGAGGCGCGCGAGUGCGAGAUGACGUCACACGAGCGAGAAACUGACCGCGCAGAGCCAAGAUGGCGGCAGGAGACGCUUGAUAUUUGAUGAAGAUGGAGGGUGAGGUGAGUCUGGUCGCCGGCCGCAGUCAGAGAGAAAAGAGAAGAUCCUACAAAGAUCUGCUGAGAGAAGAAGAGAUCAUUGACGCAGAGGUGCGCAAGACCUCCAAGAAAUGGCUGAAGGACACUGAUGCUGUUUACACUGGCAGUGAGUUUCAGAAGAAGAAGCACUAUGAGGAUCAUUUCUACAGAGAUCAUCACAGCAGCUCUGGAUCUCAUCACAAGAAGAAGAAGCGCUCGCCCCUGAUGCUCUCGGACCCGACGGCCUCGACUCAGACAGCCGUGACGGCGAUGGGUCUCCUGCAGGCCAUGACCUCCACCUCCGCACCGCCCCCCUCGAAGGAGCGCAGGAAGGACCCCCGAGACUCCGCCUCCUCCAGGAAGCAGCCGCAGGGGGUGCCAGUGGUGGGCGAGGAGGUGGAGCUGGAAGGUCAUUACGGCGGAUGUCAUGAUGUGGUCGACAGCAGCGGCUCGUCCUCCGGUGACGAGAGUGAAGCUGGGAAACUCACGAUCCACGAAUCCUCGUCUCACAGCAGCAGGAAGAAGAAGAAGAGCAAGAAGAGCAAGAAGAAGAAGGAGCGCGACCGUUCACGAGAGAAGAAACACAGCAGUAAAGCAGCCAAGAGAACCACGGCAGCCAAUGGCAGCACAGAAUGGAGCGCUAGCACUACAGAUCACCACAGCCACGAGGAGAAGAAGAGGAAGAGAGAGGACGGAGGCAGACGCAAGAGCAAAGACAAGAAGAAGAAGGUGUUGACGGCGUAUCAGAUCUUUUAUAAGGAGUACAGGAUCAGCAUUCUGGAGGAAGAGCCGGGCCUCGAUUUUGGGGAUUUGAGUAAACGACUGGCUGAUGCCUGGAAGCAGCUGCCCGAGGGAGACAAAGAGGUGUGGCGAGAGAGAUCCGAGUACCUGCAGCGGAAGCAGAUGAAGUCUGAGAGCGGCAAACACGUCAAGCACGUCAAACAGCAGCACGCGUCCCGGGCGCUCAAGAACGGCAGCAGGGUCAAAGGUGUGGCUCCUGCAGGAGGCGCUGUGGUGCUGAAGAGAGAGGAAGCAGCAGAUCCAGCUCAGAACGGAUCAGUGUCACACACAGCUGCAUCCUCCCCGACCAGAGACCCAGACCUGGACCCCAUCGACGCCGCCGCACACCUGCAGCUGCUGGGGGAGUCUCUGAGCCUGAUCGGACGCAGACUGCAGGAGACCGAGGGCAUGGUGACGGUGUCCGGCUCUCUGUCGGUUCUGCUGGACUCGGUCCUGUGUGCUCUGGGUCCUCUGGCCUGUCUGACCACUCAGCUCCCAGAACUCAACGGCUGCCCACAUCACGUGCUGUCAAACACUCUGGACAACAUCGCAUACGUGAUGCCUGGUCUGUGACGGACUCGUCCUCGUCCUGAUGUCCCUCAGCGUCUCCAGCGGCUCUGAUCCAACCAUCCACUAAAGACUUUACCACUUGCACAGUUUUGCACUGGAUCAACUCACACACACUUCAAAUUUUAACCUGCUUCUUAAACCUGCGCUCCAUUUUUAUCUGACCUAAUGUUGAUUUUGUAUUUCUGUUGUUUUUCUCUCAAUAAAAUCCAUUUUAGUAUGUUCUUUAA